AUGUAUGUAGGCAUGCCGGGGCAAUUUGGGAGGAUGGCCCUGCGGCAGGGCGGCAGGGGCGCGAGACUAUCCUUGAUCCCUAAGUCGUCCCUGCCGUCGGUGCGUGUGUAGCGCGAUUGGGGCAAUUUCUCAGUCAGUUUGUCAGCAGCUGUCACACGGAGUGCACGUACAAACAGCGUAGAAUCAAAAUGGCGGCCGACAAUGAACGCGAAGUUUGGACGCGAAUUAUAGAAGUGUAUAAAGACCGACCUCACAUGUGGGAUAAACAUCAUAAAUAUUAUUUUAACCGCGACAUGAGGCAGCAAACAUUCACACUAAUGUUUGAAAUUUUUGGCGAACUAAAAACAAACAUGGAGCUGCCGGCUUUCAAAAAAAAAUUUGAAAAUAUGCGGACAUCCUUUUUUCGGGAGUUAAAAAAGGUUAUUUCUUCAAAACAAACAGGAUCUGGCAGCGAUGAUGUGUACAAACCAUCUCUUUGGUAUUACAAUCUUUUUACUUUUAUUGAAGAGACUACUGAACCUUCUCGCACGGGAGUAGAUACCAUGGACUCUGACGAGGUUUCACAGAGUUUGGAAUUAGAUGAACCAUCUGGUAGUCAAUCACUCAACCCAAAACGUCCAAGUCAGCUAGACAUAACGGAAGAAGAACCUGCCCCAAGAAAAAAGCGAUUAAUCUUGCAAAAAAAACAAGAGAAACUAUUUGAUACUGCUCAACAACUUCUUACCACUACAGAUGAAUGGGAAGUCAUAGGAAUGGGCUAUGGUAUUCAAUUGAAAAAUUUAGGUAAACACCAGCAAGUGGUUGCAAAAAAAUUAAUGUCUGAAGUCAUUUUCUAUGGGCAACUUGGAAAACUAACAGAAGAAUCGUCAAUCACUUUGAAAAACUAAUAUCAUAAUCCGUACAUUCAUUCAGUACCUAUUAAUACUCUUACUCCAUCUCCACAACAUCACUCCUACGCAUCUGCUCCUACUCCAUCCCCACAACAUCAAUCCUACGCAUCUGCUCUUACUCCAUCCCCACAACAUCAAUCCUACGCAUCUGCUCCUACUCCAUCCCCACAACAUCAAUCUUACGCAUCUGCUCCUACUCCAUCCCCACGACAUCAAGCCUAUGCAUCUGUUCCUACUCCUACGCAAUCCUCAGAACUUUCUGAGGUUCAAUAUGAUGAUGUUACCAUUGAUUUCCCUAACACUAAUUUUAGUAAUAAUAAUAAUUUUGUGGAAGGUAGUUUCAGUAAAGUUAAAGAUUUUCUUAUAUUUCAACACAAAAAAUAAUUAAAAUAAUAAUGUCCUAUCCUGGGAAACUGAGUACCUAUAACUUGUAACAGUAUUAAUAAAAAAUAUUUCACAGACUGUGAUUGUUUUUUUUUUGUUGUUGAAUCUUGGUUGAGUACAAAAUAAAAUAGUUUAUCGAGAAUU